CAUCUACUGACCACACACACCACAACCCAAGUUCCCUUGAUACAACUGACUUGCUUCUACUUCAAACAGGAAGACUAAUUCGAAGAUUUUUAUCAUGAAGGUUGUCAUUCUUUCCUGUCUUCUAGCUGCAGUUCUUGGGGUGGGCUACGACGAAGUUCAAAGAUCUUUCGCCGCUGUCGACCUCGACGGUGAUGGGGUUAUACAGCGAGAUGAACUGAUGACCGUCUUCGAAAGAAAAGACACAAACAAGGACAAAACCAUAACCAUUGAAGAGUAUACAGCUACUCAGCUACCCGGGACACCCGAGCUUGUAAUUCAGGGUAAUUUCAACUACUACGACAAACAAGAUGGCGCUGCUGACGGCGUGAUCUCUCUGUCCAUUGUUCCUGUGCUGUUUGACAUCUUCGACGCUGACGAUGACGGGGAAAUCACACUUGAAGAUUGUCAGUCGAGUCUUCCACAGAUAUUAAAUGACAUCCAAAACGAGAUUGUGGCCUUAUAUGCAGCUUAACAGGCUGAUACAUGCGACACCUGACAGAGAAAGGGAGCUGAUGUGUUAGCAAAUAAGGCUAUAUAACAGCAAGACACUGGACAGAGACUUGUAAUAAAAUUCAAAAUGUUU